GAUCUCGAGAGAGUGAUGAGUCUGGCGAGCUUUCCAGACGGACACGCGCAGAAGCGGCAGCGACGACGUGAGUGCGUGCGCUGCGUGUCUGAAGAGCCGUGUGGGCGGGAGCAGGAUCAGGUAGGGGUGGGGGAGAAGCCCUUAGUCCACGAGUUACGGAAGCCGGCGGGGAAUCGUUGCCCCUUCGCCACAGUCCAGUCGUUCCCGAUGCCCAGCGCCAGCCGCCAGAGUCAAGAGAAGCCGCGGGAGAUCAUGGAAGCGGCGGAAGAUUAUGCCAAAGAAAGAUACGGAAUAUCUUCAAUGAUACAAUCACAAGAGAAACCAGAUCGAAUUUUGGUUCGAGUUAAAGACCUGACAGUACAAAAAGCUGAUGAAGUAGUUUGGGUUCGUGCCAGAAUUCAUACAAGCAGAGCUAAAGGGAAGCAAUGUUUCUUAGUACUACGUCAGCAGCAGUUUAAUGUCCAGGCUCUUGUGGCUGUGGGAGACCAUGCAAGCAAGCAGAUGGUAAAAUUUGCUGCCAACAUCAACAAAGAGAGCAUCGUGGAUGUAGAAGGUGUUGUGAGAAAAGUGAAUCAGAAAAUUGGAAGCUGUACACAGCAAGAUGUUGAGCUUCAUGUUCAAAGGAUUUAUGUGAUUAGUUUGGCUGAACCCCGCCUGCCCUUACAGCUGGAUGAUGCAGUUCGACCUGAAGUGGAGGGAGAAGAGGAAGGAAGAGCUACUGUUAAUCAGGAUACAAGACUAGAUAACAGAGUCAUCGAUCUUAGGACUUCAACUAGUCAGGCAAUCUUCUGUCUCCAGUCCGGUAUCUGCCACCUCUUCCGUGAAACUCUAAUUCAGAAAGGGUUUGUAGAAAUCCAAACCCCCAAAAUCAUUUCAGCUGCCAGUGAAGGAGGAGCCAAUGUAUUUACUGUAUCAUAUUUUAAAAGCAAUGCAUACCUGGCUCAGUCCCCACAGCUAUAUAAACAGAUGUGUAUUUGUGCUGAUUUUGAAAAGGUUUUCUGUAUUGGACCAGUAUUCAGAGCCGAAGACUCUAAUACACAUAGGCAUCUGACAGAAUUUGUUGGUUUGGACAUUGAAAUGGCUUUUAAUUACCAUUACCAUGAAGUAGUAGAUGAAAUUGCUGACACAUUGGUACAAAUAUUUAAAGGACUUCAGGAAAGGUUUCAAACUGAAAUUCAGAUGGUAAACAGACAGUUCCCAUGUGAGCCUUUCAAAUUUUUGGAACCAACCUUGAGACUAGAAUAUCGUGAGGCUUUGGCUCUGCUCAGGGAAGCUGGAGUGGACAUGGGAGAUGAAGAAGAUUUGAGUACUCCAAAUGAGAAACUCUUGGGUCGUUUGGUAAAAGAAAAGUAUGAUACUGAUUUUUAUAUUCUUGACAAAUAUCCUUUGGCUGUACGACCUUUCUAUACUAUGCCUGACCCAAGAAAUUCUAAACAAUCAAACUCCUAUGACAUGUUCAUGAGAGGGGAAGAGAUCCUAUCUGGAGCACAGAGAAUUCAUGAUCCUCAGCUGCUAACAGAGAGGGCUUUACAUCAUGGAAUUGACCUGGAGAAAAUAAAGGCUUACAUCGAUUCCUUCCGAUUUGGAGCCCCUCCUCAUGCGGGUGGUGGCAUUGGGUUGGAGCGAGUUACAAUGUUGUACCUGGGAUUACACAAUGUUCGUCAAACAUCCAUGUUUCCCCGUGAUCCCAAAAGAUUAACACCUUAGGGAAAAUUGCUUUUUAUUCUGUCCAGUAACCUGCUUUGAUCAGGCUGUUUGAGUACUCAGAAUAUGCAAUAGAAUAAAUAUCUUAUCUUCUAAA